AUGGGAUCGAACAAACCACUACAUGUGGGAUGGAUAGGACUCGGGAGUAUGGGACUCGCAAUGGCGAAAAAUGUCCAAAGAUUUUUACAAGAAGGCACAAAACCUCAAUUGAGAUUCUGGAAUCGGACGCCGUCUCGUGGCACGUCACUUGCAUUACUUGGGGCUAUUGGAUGCGAGUCUGUCGCCCAGCUCGUCACCGAAUGUGACCUGAUAUUCAUAUCUACCAGCGAUGAUGCGGCUUUGAACGCUAUCCUCGACCAAAUAUUGGCUGUCAAAGAUAUUAAUGGAAAGUUGUUCGUGGAUACUACCACCGUCCAUCCUAGUACAACGAAGGAGACAGAUGAAAAACUCAAGAAUAGGAAUGCGUCCUUUGUUGCUGCACCUAUCUUCGGGGCUACCCCUGCUGCGCAAAGUGGUACGGUGCUUAUGGCCAUGGCCGGCCCAAGCGAGGCCAUUGAUCAAAUUGCACCUUUCGGGAAAGGUGUCAUUGCUCGAGACGUGAUGAUUGUGUCAGAUCAGCCCGAGAAGGCCACUCUGCUCAAAACUUUGGGUAAUUUCAUCGUCGCAGGAGCCAUGGAGAUUGUAGGAGAAGCCCAUGUGCUAGCGGAGAAAAGUGACCUUGGCGCAGAUAUGCUUGAAAAGUUGCUUGAAAUGAAUUUUGGAAUGAUGUAUUCCAGCUCCAGGCGCAUGACACAGGGCGUUUACAUUCCAGAGGAAGGUCAAUUCCCUCAGUCCAACUUGAAUCUCGGUAUCAAGGAUGUUCAACAUGGCAUCACUUAUGCUAAAGAUGUCGGCGCGAGAUUGAAAGUUGCCGAGGUGGUAAUGGAUAAUAUGGUACGGGCGAAGGAAUUUGCAGAUGCACAUGGCGGCCGACCUUUGGAUUCAUCGUCCGGAUACGGUAUCAUACGUCAAGAUGCUGGCCUUGACUUUGAGAAUAAUUUUGUGAAGAAACGAGACUCCGGGAAGGACGGUAAUUCCUCCCAAUAG